AUGCACACUCCGGCGCCGGCGGAGCUCUUCAUCUCGGGGGCUCUGCCGGGCUCGGGGACGUUCCCGUCGUCGUCGGCGCUGAGCGCCUACCAACACCCGGCGUCGUUCAGCGGGCGCAGCUUCCCGGUGAGCUCUCCGCUCAGCCUCCCCGACGCCGCCUUCAGCCCCGGCUCCAACGGACUCCUUUCGCCGCACGACCCUCUGCUCCACAUCAAACCGGCGCAGCCCAGCGUUCCGUCCUCGCUGGGCUUCGAGCGCCUCGGCGGCGCCGUCCUGGGCUCGGGGUUACCGGCGCAGAGCCCCGCGUACCGCGGCCCUCCGGCUUCGUCCCAAUUCAACCUCCUCUCGGCUCCUCUACCGGCUCCCACCGAACAACCCGGCCAACUCUACAACGCCUCCGUCUUCGGCACCGGCGCCGCCGACCGCGCCGUCCCGCGCCAGGAUAGCGUCAUCAAACACUACCAACGCCCGGCGGGGGCUCAACCGCAGCUGCCGGCGGCGGCGGCGGCGGCGCACAGCCUCCAGCACUACCUGAGCUGCGGCGGUUCCUACCAACAGCUCCCGCACCGCUCGGCGCUCUCCUGCAGCCCUUUGGGCGAACAAUCGCCCGCCAGCUCCGAAGGCUCCCAACAGGCGCCCAAAGCCGCGCCGCGCCAGGACCCGCCGCAGGGCUACCGCCCCAUCAUCCAAUCGCCGGCCUAUUCGGGCACCGCCACCGCCGCCAACGCCAACAACGGCACCAAAUCCAAGAGUUACUCCGCCUCGCGGCAACCGCCGCGCUCCACCGCCACUCCCAAGUGCCAAAGCAGCUACACGCCGAGCACGCCCAAGCCCAGCUCCGUCAUCGCCAGCCAAUCGCCGGCCUAUUCCCCCGGCCAACCUCAGAACCUCUUAGCCAUGGGGCCGGCCGGCGGCUACGGCACCGCGGCGGCGGCUCCGCAGAGCCUCGGCGGCACCGCGCCAACCGGCGGCGGCUUCAGCGCCGCUCAAGGUGGGGAUUUAGGGGGCAAAGGCGGCGCUUACCAAAGCGGCGGCCAAGGCGGCGGCCAAGGCGGCGGCCAAGGCCUUCAACCGUGCGUGAGCCAAGGGCAGAGCUUCUCGCCGGAGCAGCUGCAGGCGCUGCCGUACGCGGUGCAGCCCGAGGGCGGGCAAGCGGGCGGCUACGGCCCACCGGCGCCCGCGCAGGGUUUGCCGACGGCCAGCCCGUCACUCAGCUACAGCACCGGGCACUCCCCGGCUAUGCCGGCGCCGCUGCCCUACGCCGGCUUGGGCGCUUCCAGCCCUUCGCCCAUCAUCCGCCCCCUCCAAUCGCCGCCGGCCGCGCGGCCCCAGAGCGGCGCUUCGCCGGGGCAAUCGCAGAAGUAUUUAGGGGCGGUUUUAUCGCCGUCUUUCAUGGCGCCGGGCUACGGCGGAGGCCCCGGCGGCGGCGCUUUGGAGCGGCCGCCGGCGUUCGGCAAAGGCGCUAAAGGCGACGCCGAGCUGUUGGGCGGCACCGAUCGCAGCGAGGACGAGGAUUUCCUCAUCCAACACCUCCUGCAGGCGCCCAGCCCGCCCCGCGGGCCCGGCGAGGCGCUGGCGGCCUGCGAGGAGCGCGGCGGCGCCGCCGCCGGCAAAGCUCUGGGCGGCUACGGAGCGUUGGGCAAAGCCGAAGAGCGCUAUCAGCUCCAGAGCGUCAUCCGCCCCAACUCCAACCUGGAGGGCCCGGCGGCGCUCGAGCUGGCGUUGCUCAAGGAGAAGAAGAAGCCGGAGCGCGGGAAGGAUUACCGCGGCGGCGGCGAUGGCGGCGGCGAGGGGUUGGCGGCCACGUCGGUGGUGCAUUACGGCCACCAAGCGGCCGCCAUGGACUCGUACGAGCUGAAGAAGCCGGCGGAGCACUUGGCCGGCGGCAAAGAGCUGGGCCAAGCGCAUCCCUAUUUGCCGAAGACGCCGGAGCACGGGCGCUUGGUGGCCGAGGCGGCUCCGCUGGAAGCCCAUGGGCUCCUCCUGGAUGCGCCGCCGGAGCUGGGCCCGGUGGUGCCGGUGCCGGGCGGUUCGCUGCUGCCGUCCGUCCUCACCCACACGCAGAGCCAACUCCACCCGCGCGCCAAAGGCCGAGCGCCGCUCGACGUUCACCUCCUGGAGCAACAACGAAUGCCACCGCCGCCGCCGCCGCCACCGCCUCCUCCCGCGCCGCCGGCUCCGUCGGCUCCUCCGUCAGCGCCGUCGCCGCAGCUGCUGCUGGAGGCCCACCUGCACCAGGCCCACGUCCGCCCGCCGCCGCCGCCACUGCCGCCGGAGCCCAUGGAGGUCCUUCCGGCGCCGCAAGAGAUCCAGGAUUUCUUGGAACCGCCUUUGGGGUUGGAAUCUCACCUGGGGCAAAGCGGCGCCGUUCAAGGCCCUCCGGGUCACCUCUUGGAUCCCGAAGGAGGCGCUGCGGUGGCGCCGGCGCCGUUGGAAGGGAAGGAUCAGUUCGCCGAAGGGGGGAGCCCGGCGGGGGCCAAGAGCCGCUUCGUGCCGCUCACCUCCAUCUGCUUCCCCGAUGCUUUGCUCCAAGACGAAGACCGCGGGUUCUUCCCGGGAAUGGAGGAUAUGUUCGGUCCUCCGCCGGAGGAUUUUGCCAAGAGCGCCGAAGAGGAGGAGGAAGAAGGAGCGGCGGCCUUGGAAUCGCGCUCGGAAGCUUUGAAGGCGCCGCCACCGCCGCCCUACGAUAUGGGGCAGAGCUUCUCCACUUUCUGCCCUGCGGAAAGCGGCGGCGGCGACGCUCCGGCGUUGGCUUUGGAAGCUGCCAAACACCAACUGCCGUCCACCGUCAACGCCGAACCGCUGGGGCUGAUCCAGAGCACGGGCGACGGCGCCAAACCGCCGCUCGCCGCUCCGCUCUUCUGCUCCUCCAAACCCAAGAAGCUCCUCAAGACGUCGUCCUUCCACCUCCUGCGCAAACGCGAGCCCUUCCCGCCCCCCAAGAAGACCUACGCGCAGGAGUACGAGUUCCAGGACGACGAGGACAAAGCCGACGUCCCCGCCGACAUCCGCCUCAACAGCCGCCGCCUGCCCGACCUCCUGCCGGACCUCAUCUCCAGCUGCCGCGCGCGGCCCAGCCUCAGCCCCAUGGGCGACAUCGACUUCUGCCCCCACCCGGGGCCCCACCCGGCGCCCAAGAAACGCGGCCGCAAACCCACCAAACCCAAACGAGAGGGACCGCCGCGGCCCCGCGGACGACCGCGCAUCCGCCCCUUGGCCGAACCGCCCGGGCUGAUGGCGCCCGACGGCCCCAAGAGGCCCCGCGGCCGCGGGAGGGGACGGGGGAAGAAGGGCGGCGAGGAGGGGGCUGACGGCAACGGCCUCGAGCCCCUCAAACCCCUCAAGAUCAAGCUGGCGGUGCCCAAGGCUUCCGAGGUGCCACCGGAGGCCGCGUUGCCCCCUCCACCCUCAGUGGUGACCACGUCGGGUUCGGAACCUCCAUUGGACGUCACCGCCGUCCCCCACCCCCCCCCGCGGGACCGCAUCCACCAGAAGCUGAAAGAGGUGGAGGAGAAGCAACCGGAGAUGAAGUCGGGGUUCAUGGCGUCCUUCUUGGACUUCCUGAAGGCCGGGAAGAGGCAGGCGGUGCCCCCGAGUUCCGGGAGCCCCCCCCGCGCCCCGCGGGCGCCCCCCGCGCCCCACUUUGCCGUGGGGCCCUCGGGGCUGGAGGGGCCCGAGGGGGACGGGCUGGCCGUCAUGGCGGCGUGCCCCAGCCCCUGCAAGCGCCUCGACGAGGAGCUCAAACGCAACCUGGAGACGCUGCCCUCCUUCUCCUCCGACGAGGAGGACUCCGUCGCCAAGAACCAGGACCUCCAGAAGAGCAUCUCCUCCGCCAUCUCCGCCCUCUACGACCCCGCCGACCGCAAAGACCACGACAGCAACGAUGUGUCGGCGGUGGAGGAGGAGGAGGAGAAACCCCCGAGUCCUUCGCCAUCGGAGCCAUCGCAGCCCGAACCGCCGCCGCCACCGCCGCCACCGCCGCCACCGCCGCCCCCCGCGCUGCCCCCCGCGCCGCCCCCCGCGUCCCCCCCGGCGGCCAAAGCGCCCCCCGAGGCGGCGGCGUCCCCCGAGCGCGAGGAGCCCCCCGACUCGCGGCCGCUGCACGUGGCCAAAAAGCAGGAGACGGCGGCCGUGUGCGGAGACACCGACGACGACGAAGCCGAGAGCGGCGGCGAAGGCAUCUUCCGCGAGAGGGACGAGUUCGUGGUGCGCGUGGAGGACAUCCAGGCCCUCAAGCUGGCGCUGCAGACGGGCCGGGAGCCGCCCCCAAUUUGGCGCGUGCAGAAGGCGCUGCUCCAGAAGUUCACCCCCGAGAUCAAAGACGGACAACGGCAGUUCUGCGCCACCAGCAACUAUUUGGGGUACUUCGGGGACGCCAAAAACCGUUACCAACGGCUCUACGUGAAGUUCCUGGAGAACGUCAACAAAAAGGACUACGUCAGAGUGUGCUCCCGCAAACCCUGGCACCGACCCCUCGCCGCCGUCAGGAGACAAAGCCAACCCAAAAGCAGCGCCCCCAAACCCACCGCCCCCCCCAAACCCGAGAAACCCGUCCCCAAACCCAAACCCCCCAAAGUCAAAGCGGAGCCCCCCCCGAAGAAGAGGAAAAAAUGGCUGAAAGAAGCGGCCACGACCUCGGAGUCGGAGUCCAGCGCCGACCCCCAGAGCGAGGACGACCGGGCGCCCCUGGGCCGGGGGUUGAACACCCGCGCGAUGAAGGAGAUGUAUCGCAGCUACGUGGAAAUGCUCGUGAGCGCCGCGCUCGACCCCGACAUGAUCCAAGCGCUCGAGGACACCAACGAUGAGCUCUAUCUGCCCCCGAUGCGCAAAAUCGAUGGAAUCCUCAACGACCACAAGAAAAGGGUCCUCAAACGGGUGACGCUCAACCCCUCCCUACAGGAGGCGCUGCACACGUUCCCGCAGCUCCACGCAGAACAGGGGGAGUCUCUGGUGAAGCUUCGCCCGGGGGGGGAACCCUAUAACCGCAAAACCCUCAGCAAAGUCAAGAGGAGUGUGGGCAAACCCCAGGAGUUUAAGGUGGAGGUGGAGAAGUCCUUUCUGUACACUCUGUACCACUCUCUGCAUCACUACAAGUACCACACCUUCCUGCGCUGCAAAGACGAGACGACGGCCAUCGAGGGCCAGGACGAGGACCUGGGCCAGGAGGAGGUGGUGCAGCAGUGUAUGCGCAAUCAGGCGUGGCUCGAGCGCCUCUUCGACUCCUUCAGCGAUCUCCUGGCGCAGGCGCAGGCCAAGUGCGCCUGAACCCCCCCCGGGACCCCCCCGGGACUUUGGGGGGACCCCCGCCCCGCUCCGGGAUGACCACAAACCUUGGGGACCCCCAAAGGUUGGGGCCAAGCGGGGGGAUAAGAACAAAACCCUGGGGAUGAGGGGGAACCCCCGGAAUGAUGGGGAUCCCCCUGGGAAUGGGGGACCCCCCUGGGAAUGGGAGACCCCCCCAGGA